AUGAAGCCUCCCAUCACAACAGCAAUCGCUUUUGCGGCUGCUACUGUCUAUGCCCAGAUCGAUGUCCUUACCGGUGCUCUGUCUAAUGUGUCUUCCAGCGUCGAAGCCCUCGACAAGGCUACUACAGACUUUAAUAUCGACGCGAUCAAGACCAACGCCGAUACCCUCAUCUCCACCAUAGCAACAGGCAAGGAUGCAGUCAAUGCCUCGCAGGUCGUCACACUCGUCGAUUCUCUGGGUUUGAACGGCCCUGUUCUGCUCCAGAACAAGGACUUUGAAACCCUGGCCGCCGACUUGAAAACCAAGCGCCCCGACAUUGAAAAGGCGAAUGCGUGCAGCGACGUUCACUCCAGAAUCGCUAGCAUCAACACGGGGUCAUUGGGCCUCACGGAGGCAAUCAUCGCCAAGGUCCCCCAGGCUGCACAGCCUAUUGUUCGACAGGUCGCCGCCGGGGCCUCUAGGGUCCUGAACCAGGCGCAGUACGACUUCUCCGAGGACAACUGCAAGGACGCGUCGCCGACGGCGAGCCCUACCCCGUCGCCGACGGCAAGUUCCAGCGCCGACUCGAAGCAAACGCCAGUCGGCGCCAUAGUCGGCGGGGUCCUGGGAGGUGUGGGUAUCAUGGCGGUGAUCGGACUCUCUAUCUUCCUGUUUCUGAGACGCAGGAGGCAGCGGAGGCUGAAACAGGAGCGCGAACCACCCGUCGAACUCGAGGCCAAUGACGGCCCGCCGCCGCUACUAAAGGACUACAAAGAAGAAUGUGCAAAGGCGGAGCGCGGCGAGCAAGAGGCGGAGAGAGCGGAAAUGUGCGCGGACAGCACGGCGAUUCACGAGGCGCCGGAAAAUGCGCGGUACGAGUUGGAGUAG